AUGGGCAAGCAUAUUAUAUUUGUAGCAGUAUAUGUGGAUGAUAUUUUACUGACUGGCAAUCAUUUGGAUGAAAUGCAUUCUCUAAAAGCCUUCUUGCAUUCUACUUUCAAGAUAAAAGAUUUGGGAUCCUUACAUUAUUUUCUUGGCAUUGAAAUAUUAAAGGUUUCUCAUGGUAUAAUCAUGACACAGAGAAAAUUUGCAGCAGAACUAUUAAAAGAAUUUGAUCAUCUCACUGCUACUCCUGCUCAAUGUCCUUUGGAAGCUAGACUCCAAUUGAGAAAUGAUUCCGGCAUACCCAUUAAAGAUCCUACUAUAUACAGAAAAUUGGUUGGCAAAUUGAAUUACUUAACCAACACAAGACCAGAUCUUGCAUAUGCUGUACAAUUUUUGAGUCAAUUCUUGCAAGAUCCUCGAGAACCUCAUUGGCAAGCUGCUUUGCAUACCUUAAGAUAUUUAAGGCAGGAUUAUACUAAAGGAAUCCUUCUCAAUGCAUCUUCUGAUAUGAAACUUGAAGCAUAUUGUGAUUCAGAUUGGGCCUCUUGUCACAAUACCAGGAGAUCAGUCAGUGGGUAUUUCAUUCUUCUGGGUGGCAGUCCCAUUUCAUGGAAAAGCAAGAAGCAAACUACAGUUUCUUUAAGCUCUGCGGAGGCUGAAUAUAGAUCAAUGCGAAGGGUUACAGCUGAACUUGCAUGGCUUACCAGGUUAUUACAUGAGUUUACCAUACCUACGGUUAUUCCAGUGCCUCUUAAAUGUGAUAACCAAGCUGCUAUUUACAUUGCCAAGAACCCAGUCUAUCAUGAGCGCACUAAACAUAUUGCCCUGGAUUGCCAUUUCGUGCGAGAAAAAUUGCAAGAUGGCUUGAUCAGUUUGUCCUACAUUCCCACAAAACAACAGUUGGCUGACAUUUUUACCAAAAGCCUCUCUUGGCCCGAUCAUCAUCUUCUGGUUUCCAAGUUGGGGAUGUCAUCACCCUCCAACUUGCGGGGGGGUGUUAGAUAUACAUAG